AUGGAGGAGAAAAAGAAGCAACAAGAGAAUGUUGUACCCCAACUUCCAAAAGAAUGCAUCCACAGUAUCCUUGUACGACUUCCUCCCGAAUCUCUUCAAAGGUUGGAGUCUGUCUGCAAGCCAUGGUAUAAGAUGGUGAACAGCUCUUUUUUCAUUGACGCCCACCUCCGUCGCUCUGAAACCGUUUUAAUCUUUCUUGCACUAAAAAGAAAUCUUUACCCUUAUUCUAGAACUACAAUCCCUCGAGAAAAUUCAAACACUUUUUCUGUUGAAGCUAACAUUUUUCAAUCACAAUCCCUCGAACCUCCAUUUCAGCGACUAAAUGUAGUGCGGAGAUCAGAGUCUUAUAUACAAUUCAUGGAAAUAAAAGACGGUAAGAGCAAGGUACGAGACUUUAAUGUGACUUGUUUGGGAAACAUUAGAGCUACUUGCAAUGGCUUAAUUCUGCUUGAUAACAAAAUGAACCGAAAAUUGGUUGUCCUGAAUCCCGUGACUAAGAAGCUGAUUGCACUUCCUUUAGGUACUAUAUGUCCUCCCCACAAGGAAUCAUAUGGGUUAGUAUUAUCCAAUUGUACGCGUGAAUGUAAAUUGAUACACUUAUUUGAGGACGAAAUGGGGUACAUUGGUUGUGAAAUCUUCGUUCUCGGGACAAGAUCAUGGAGGAUGGUGGAUGGACCUCCUUUUGGACUUUUUAGUUGGUUGGGGUGCAACCCGGUUUCUGCAAUUGGAGCUUUGCAUUGGAUUCCUGACAUUGAUGGAAGCGAUUACCUAGUAUCUAUGUCAACGGAUGAUGAAAAAUUCCACAAGACACCUCUCCCGAAAUGUAGUGGAACUCACGAUGGGAUUGUUGAAAUGGGCGGGCUUCUUUCUUUUAUGACUCAUGAAGAAACAUUCCAUGUUGAUAUUUGGGUGUUGAGUGGUUUGAAUGGGGAAGAUUGGAUAAAACGACAUAGUAUCACAGCAGGUUGCUCAAUGGAAAUGAUUCCUCUUUAUUGUUCAAGACUUGAGGAUGAAAUCAUUUUCAAAGACAAAGAUGGCUCUCUGUAUGCUUAUGAUUUCGAACGCAUGAAAAAGGUCGACUUGGAAAAGGAAUUCCGGAUCUAUGGCCGCUAUCUGCCUCACGUCAACAGCAUUGUUUCAUGGCAGAUCGAGGAAUAA